AUGGAGGGCUACAUCAAGCACGCGCACGAUGCUUCAGUCGAAGCUGUUGUCGGAGGGGAGGUGCGCCCGUCACAAAUUUGUGGGCCGUUACAGGCAAACGCCACGAGUGAUCCAAUCGCUGCCCGCUUGGGCCGGCUGACGAAGGCAGCCUCGCAUGCACUCCUGGCCCUUGUUUUUCUCAUCCUGUUGUCGUCGCUGGUCGACCUGAAAACUGCCCUGACCCCACUUGCUCGCUCACUGCCGCAUCAUGCAACGGCUGUGGCAGUAUCUGUCUGCGAAGUUUUCCAGGCGUACCCUCCUGUACUGACGGUUACUCCGAAUGGGACGCUCGAAAUAACUGAUGGGUCACCAAACGCAAGCACCGAUAUUAUCGACAGCAGCCGGCCAAUAUGUCAACAGGUAUUGGUGGUCCACUCUUUUGCCAACUCAUACGGUCAACCAUUCGUUGGUGACUAUACGCCACCCGCAUGCGCGUUCAACCGGAUUACCUGGAACUUGACUGUCACGGCAGCUGGGCGACAGUAUGAUCGUCUUGGGAUCGUUUACCUUGGCGACAUCGAGGUUUUGAGAACAUCAACGGCGGAACCUAUGACGGACGGUAUACAGUGGACAUACUUGAAGGACAUGACGAAUUUCUUACCUCUGUUCACCCAGAAACAGAAGAUCAUCUUCGAUCUCCCAAAUAUCGUGAACACCGUAUACACAGCCUCUUUCAACGUGAAGAUCACGGCGGCCUAUAUGACGGCAACGGACUCAAUAGUUCCACCAGAUAUGAUCAUACCCGUUUCUGCACGUCACUCUUCGCAGAGCAUGCCGAGCGCCUUCACCGUGCCACCUAACGUUGCUUCGAACACGUUGACGCUUCCGCAAAACAUUAGGAGGGCAGUGUUUACCAUUGCUGCGACCGGACAGUCUGAAGAGGAGUUCUGGUGGAGCAACGUUCUUCAAUCAGACAUCCACACCUUCCCACAAAGUGGAACUAUGUACGGAUACUCCCCGUUUCGGGAGGUGCAACUUUUCAUCGAUGAGCAUCUCGCCGGCGUAGCUUGGCCUUUUCCAAUCAUCUUUACUGGCGGCGUCGUACCUGGUUUGUGGAGACCGAUUGUUGGAAUCGAUACGUUUGACUUGAAAGAGGACGAAGUAGACAUCACGCCUUGGCUACCACUACUAUGCAAUGGACAAGCUCACAAUCUCACCAUACGCGUCUCCGGCUUAAAUGAUAGUGGCCAUGGAACCGCGACAUUAUCAGGAACGACAAACAGUUACUGGUGGGUCACGGGCAAAGUCUUCAUCUGGCUCGAUGAUGCUGGACACGUUACCACCGGCGAUGGACCGUACACAGUAGCGCCUGAACCUACGUUCACGGUCUCAUCAUUGGUCGGGAACAGCGUCAACGGUACAAACAUCACUUUGGCAUAUCAAGUAAACGCGCAACGCAGUCUAUCCAUUCAGUCAACUAUAAAUCUGAGCAACGGUUCCGAGAGCGUUGCCUGGCAGCAAUCGUUAUCCUUCUCAAAUACCGGGAAUCUUACUGACCAAGGCAACACGGAGGUCAACAUGCAGCAGACUACAGGUUACGAUCUGUCCUCCAGUGGUUAUGCCCGGCGCAUCAGCUACCCGCUCUUCGCUUGCUCGGUCUAUACUAUGCCAGAAGGCAACAUCUCCUACGUAGCAACCAUAGACCGCGGCAAGUGCGUACAGACAAUUGGUCAGCCUGUCUUUCCUACAGGCCUGGAAUCCUUUGCUGCCGCCGCCGAUGUUCACACGGUCUACCCACUGUUUCAAGGCUCUCCACUAGCAACCACGCAGAAUGGGACUGCAACUUUCCUGGCGAACGCAACGUCGUUGACGUCUUCCUCGUUCGGUACGACAACACAAGACAUGGUAUUUUCCGGUAUUCGAGUCGAUGGCAGCACAAGCCCGGAGAAACUCUUUUCGAAAGGCGCGACAGACGAGCUGUUUGAGCGUCAUGUCUCAGCCAUGAACAACACGGUCACUUACGACGAAGAGACGCUUGCUAACCGGCAUAUCGGGCAUUCGCGCGGACUGUCAAGCGGUGGUGGCGGUCUUCCAAUGCCGCGACCACCCGGAAGACGUGGCAGAUCGCACAGCGCACAGGAUUUGUGGAGGCUUUAG